AUGGUUGAUUGUGAGCAUAUAGGUUCGAAAACCCCUGCCCAUAGCAAUGGUGAUGAUGUGGAGGCAUGUAUCAUGGACAUAUUCUGUAUCUUAAAAUUACGGAGUGACAACUCAAAACUAAUAAAUAUAGAAGAUGAACAACAGCCCAAGAGGGAUGAUUUUGAGUAUACGGAUAAUAAAAACCUCGGGCCAUGCACAGUAGACCAAUCAAAAGGUGAAAACUUAAAUGUGGACGUGAAACCUUAUUUCCUUCUACGAAUUGGCAGUCUAAAUGAAGGAAAUUUUGGCUCUUUUGUUGACGCGUGUGGAUAUGAAUCUGGGAAAGAGCUCUAUGUCCUUGUCACAAUUGAUCCGGUGGUCAUCCAUUCAUUAACUAAUGACAUGCUGAUAAAUCAAUUUUCUUCAAGAUGGUAUGAUAAUUCCUCUUCACAUUGGGAACAUGUACUGAAAGAUGAUUUUUCAUGGAAAAACUGA